AUGGACUUUCUCAUCGGGAGACUGGUGUUAGCGCUGGCGAUGGUGGCCGUGCUUGUCUCUGCCGAUGAUGAUGUUGAUGCUGGACCGGUAUACAUCGUCAGGAUGAAAGGACAUCCGAUUGCCGCUAUGAUCGACAAGCCUGUUUAUGCUAUUAAUGAGGAAGAUGAUCAUGAAACGAGAGAUUUCGUGGAGAUGCAUACGGCAAGCUUGAGACGGAACCACGAUGCGUUUCUGGAAAGCUUGCUCGAAGAAGGGAGCUACGAGAAGCUGUACAGCUAUACGUACCUUAUGAAUGGUUUCGCUGUGAAGCUCAGGGAUGAAGUUCAUGUUGAUUCUAUCAGAGCGCAUCCGGAUGUUCUAUCGCUGGAACACGAGGUGCAUUUCCGAAAGACAACGACUUACACACCGUUUUUCUUGGGCCUGGAUCCAAGAGCUUGGAAGAACGUCGGGACAUUUGCAAAGGCCGGGGAAGAUAUCGUCAUUGGAGUUCUGGAUACUGGGAUCGAUCCACGCCAUCCCAGCUUUGCAAACACCACCUCAAGGCCUUACUCGUUCAAUCGACACUGGGAGAAGGUGUGCGCUGCGUCCCCGACAUUUCCCAAAGGUUCCUGCAACGGGAAGAUCAUUGGCGCUCGUCACUUCUCCAAAGGCAUUGUAGCUGCGAACGCGUUCAAUGCGAGCAAUGACUACGAUUCCCCGCUCGAUGGUGAUGGUCACGGGAGCCAUACCAGCUCUGUUUGUGCCGGCAACAAUGGUGUUUACGUGAGUGUGGACAAGUAUAUCUAUGGGAGAGCAAGCGGAAUGGCUCCUCGCGCACGGAUUGCGGUGUACAAAGUCAUUUACAGAGAUGGUGGCUACUUGUCUGAUGUUCUUGCGGGGAUUGAUCAGGCCGUUCAAGAUGGGGUUCAUGUGCUGAGUAUCUCUCUCGGUGCCACUAGUGGAGCCUACGGUGUUCCGUUCCUCAACUCCUUCGACAUUAUGAUGCUCCUCGCGUUCAAGGCGAACGUUUUCAUCGUUCAUGCUGCUGGGAACAACGGUCCUGCCGCCUUCAGCAUGAACUCUUUCGGGCCGUGGGUGUUGUCGGUCGCAGCUGGUAUGACAGAUCGAACGUACUCGACUCCGAUAAUUCUCGGCAACGGGCAAUGGGUGUAUGGAACUGGUCUAACAGCUGGAACCAGCGCUCGCAAGUUGUAUCCUUUGAUUUAUUCCCAGGAUGCGUACAUCGCCGGCGUGACUUCCUUCGACCAGGAGUUUUACUCUUACUGCUCCGACCCCUCGCCUUUCAACAAGACUCUCGUCAGCGGGAAGAUUCUCAUUUGCAACUUUGUCGACUACUUUUCUGGUGGUGCAGUCACACAAAUCGAAGGCGCUCUCGCAACUGCCAUUGCCACGGGAGCUGCUGGCCUCCUCAUUGUCUUCCCAACAUCUGCCGAGAAAACGCCAACCAAAGACACGGUCUUUGAUCCAAUUCCUUUCACGAUACCCGCGAGCUUUGUGGUGGAUCCAAACGCGUCAGCCCUCAUACUACAACACUACAACGAGAAGACUGUGAAAGACAGCAAGGGCCAAGUGUUGAGGUUCGAUGCACAAGCCAGGAUCGAGGACUCGAGACACCCCUUAUAUCCAUUGGAAGCACCGAGAGUGGCCUCGUAUUCUUCCAGAGGCCCGGUCUACGCUGACACGGUUACGUCCCUGGUAGCAGACGUGAUGAAACCAGACGUCCUCGCACCUGGAAACCAGAUAUGGGGUGCAUGGACACCCAAAGGAACCGACGCAAACUCUUUCACAGGUCGCAACUUUGCCAUGCUUUCCGGGACGAGCAUGGCCACUCCACACGUCGCUGGAAUCGCCGCGCUCUUGAUCCAAAAGUACCCGAGGUGGCGCGCCUCAACCAUCCGCUCGGCGAUCAUGACCACCGCGGACAACUUCGACAACCGCGACCGCUGGACGCGAGCCGAGCAGCCGUACUCCAACUCGUCCCAGGCGAUCGGCCGGGCCUGCCCCUUCGACAUUGGCAGUGGUGCUAUCAACGCCACCGCAGCGCUCGAUCCAGGCCUUGUCUUCGACGUUGGAUUCCAGGACUACGUGGACUUCCUGUGCGAGAUCCCGGGGGCCGACCAAAACUCGGUGGAGUACUCGACGGGGGCUCAUUGCGGGCCUGAAAACAAGAACCCCUCGGACCUCAACAUGCCGUACAUCACGGUGGCGAACUUGAUAGGCAGCCGGGUGGUGCAGCGAACCGUGGUAAACUUGGGCGGCGAGGAAACUUACAACGUCACGGUGAGGCAUCCAGCGGGGGUGGACGUGUCGGUGAAGCCACGGGUUUUCAAGGCCAGGACCGGCAAGCCAGUGGUCAUCAACGUGACGCUCACCGCGACGCAGACCAACCAGCAGUUCACCUUCGGGUAUAUGAUCUGGGACGGCGACAAGGGUCAUUCCGUACGCGUUCCCCUCGUUGUCUCGGCGAACUCUAUGAGCGGGUAAACAAAGUUCUUUGCUCUCUCUCUCUCUCUCUCAUUUUUUCUACAAAGAUGAUGGCUCUCUCUUCCAUUUUGAAUCUCUCUUGAUCUCUCUUCUACAAAGACCAUUUUGAUCAUCUUUCUCUCUAAGGCCAUCUCUCUCUCUCUCUCUCCGUUUUUUUCUUUUCUUUGAUUGGAAACAGGGACCAUUUUGAUCAUGGCACCGCCGCAAACUAAGAUUUUGCGACGCAGAGAUUUUCCUCUUGUAAAUAAAAAAGACCAUCUCUGGAACUCUUUUUUC